AUGGUAGUUGUCAGUGGUGCGAUGGUGACGCAGUCAGGGCGAGGGGCUAUUAUUUGGAGUGUUAUUGUAAGGCUGUCGAGUCCACAUGUAACCAUCAAACAGUCAAGUCUUCCAGAAUUAGAAAACGGUACGCAUCACAAAUAUACAGAAAAAAAUUACAAGCACAGCCCAACCACUGUCCAAUUUUUUGAGAAACCACAUCGAUGGAAAAUCCGUAAACGGCAAAAAUUUGAAUCGCAACCACCAAAGUCAACUACAAUCUGUCGAUGGUAUAAAAGACGAAAAGCUUUAAAACAGUUGAUCAAGGAACACAAAAAAGAGAAAGAACUAUUAAAGAAGAAGAAACGAGAGGAGUAUGAAAGAGAGCGUAUAAUAGAUUUUAUUAAUUGGAAUCAAGAGAAACAUCAAAGAGCGAGUUCAUUACCAUCUUCACUGAAAAGUUUUAAAUGGGAAAAAACGACAACCCAAAGGAAUCAGUCAUUACCACCUCCUCGAAAGAAAUUUAUACAUAUCAAAAAUAAAACUGCGAUUGUAAAACCUCGUGCACGUUCUAAAUACGCAUCCGUAAAACAGCACAAUCCAAGAGAUUCCAUAACAACGAGAUUCGUCAAUUGUUGCUACCGCUUUUGUUGUCAACUCUAUUGCUAUCUCACUUGCAUUAUUAUAAUCACAUUUAUUAUUAUAUUUAUCGUGUAA